AGAUGCUUUCCCCAUGUUAUUAAUAUCGCUGUGAAGACUGGCCUCUCCUUUGUCACAACACUUCCUCCCCUUCAAAAUGGACAGACUGAUGAUGAUGGCCUAUCUGCAGACGAAAUCUCUGCUGUUCUCUUCGACAAUCCCAAUAACUCAGAGGAAUACCGGAAUGCGCUUGCCAGUGAUCUCAUUUCAAGAGUACGACAUCUAGUAAAUCUGUGCCGCGCAUCAGGUAACCGUCGUGAUGAUUUUCGCAAUACGGUAUUGUCCAUGCGAAAUUCUGUGGAUGAUGAAUCUGAUUAUAGCGAUACUACCAUGCUCUUGGAGCGUGUUGUUGUUCUUCUCCGUGAUGUUGAUACCCGCUGGUCGUCAACUUUCUUUAUGGUUGACCGCUUCCUUGAACUAUAUCCAGCCAUUCGUCAAUUUGUACAAAAUGAUCCCAAGAUUUGUGAUACGGAACUGUUUAGUCCCGUCGAACUUCAAGUUCUCGAUGACAUAAGAGAGUAUCUUUUUGCUUUCCACUCUAUUCAAGAAUUGGCCUCUGCUGAGAAAACCCCCACAUUAUCAAUUGUUCUUCCCCUGUACGAGGGUCUCAUUGAGAUCCUUGGGCUCAUGAAGUCUACUCUGCCGAACCUCUCACAUGUCAUUGAUGUGUCACUAGAAAAACUUCGUGAAUACACAAACAAAGCACGAGUAACACGUAUAUAUGGAUUGGCAAUGGGUACGAUUCUUGUCUUGUCAAAGCUGCCUUUUUAA